GCUGCAUUCUACUGAGCUGGAAUCUUUCUUCACAUCAUGGUAAAGGUGUGUCUAGAAAAGACAAUACCCAUUCUACAGAAUGGAUAUUAAUGGGACAGGACAAUGCUUGGAUAUAUCAAAAUAUCUGGAAAAGUAUUAUCUUUCCACCAUGUAUGCUCUUGAGUUCAUAUUUGGCAUCACUGGCAACAGUAUAGUUGUUUUUGGCUACGUCUUCUGCCUCAAAAACUGGAAAAGUGGCAACAUCUACCUAUUCAGCCUCACACUGUCUGAUUGGGCAUUCCUUUGCACCCUUCCAUUGCUGGUGUCAAGUUAUUCUAAUGGAACAUGGCCCUAUAAGAUGAUCUGGUGUCAAGUCAACAGGAUCCUUCUACAUGCCAACUUAUACACAAGCAUCCUUUUCCUUUCCUUGAUCAGCAUUGAUAGAUACCUGCUCAUGAAAUAUCCUUUCAGAAACCAUUUUCUGCAGAAAAGGAAUGUGGCUGUUGCUUUCUCCAUUGCCAUAUGGGUCUCGGUUUCACUGGAAUUGCUGCCCAUGUUAUUCUUCAUAAGAGUACAGAACGUGACCAACAGCACUAACAAAUGUAUGGACUACGCAAGUUCAGGAGAUGCAGACACAAGUCUAACCUACAGUCUAAUCUUGACAGUUGUUGGUUUCAUAAUUCCCUUGUGUGUCAUGUGCUUUUUUUACAUGAAGACUCUUAACGUUCUUAAAAGCCGCAGCUCACAGCUCACUGCAGCCCUGACUCUUGAGAAACCUCUCACAUUAGUCAUCAUGGCUAUGAGUAUCUUCUCACUGCUUUUUACCCCCUAUCACAUCAUGCGUAAUGUUCGGAUUGCUUCUCGAAUAAAAUUAUGGGAGCUUUCUGAGUGCACGAGAAACGUAAUCAACAUUGUUUACAUUCUAACGAGGCCCGUUGCAUUUUUGAACAGUGUAAUUAACCCCAUCUUUUAUUUCUUCAUGGGAGAUCACUUCAGGGAAAUGUUGAUAAGCAGAGUAAGGCACAUCUUUAAAAGACCUGCAUCGUAUUGCAAAUGAAAUUAAAUGUCACUGUCUGGCUUAGGAACAGAAGCCUACUUUGUACCAGUGCAGACUCCUCCCACCACAGAGAGUGAUGUUUCAUUUUUCGUUUUGGAAACGAGUUGAGCAUACGAAGGAUCCUCCUGCUCUUUGCUUCUGCUGGCAAAAGGAAAUACAUCUUUAUCACAAGGCUGUCACUAAAUCGUUUGAGACCACCUCAUUAUCCCUCACCCUGACUUAUUCCUGUCUUAUUUCCCAAAGAAUUGACUAAGCAUUAUUUUGGGGCCCUGUACAAACUUGUUAUCACUCCACACACACACACAACAACACAUUCCCUUAAUCUAUACAUACAAUCUUAUGUACCAUGAAAAAAAGUUUGUUUUAGUUGUGAAAUUACUGUUACAUAUUCUUCAUGUCUGAAAAAAUGCCCACUUUUGCAACCUUUUUAAAUAAUACAUCCAGCCUGAGAGUCCUACAAGUUUGCUAACUAUUUUGUAACUUUUUGGUCACUAAAAAGGGAAUAUCCUGUCAAUGUGUUAAAAAAAUUCUAAUGUACCAAUGUGGCUGCAAAGAUUGGCUGCAAUGUGGCCAGUUAACUUAAAGCUUUUUUUAUGGCCCUUUUGAUUGUGAAAUCAUGAAGUAGCCCCCUCAAAGUCAAUUUCUCUUGCAAGUCCACACUCCGGAGUACCGGAUCAGAUUCAAGGUUUUGGUAUUACCCUAUAAAGCCCUAUGUGGACUGGGACCGGUGUAUCUGCGGGACUGCCCCUCCCUAUAUGAGCCCCAGAGGACGCUUUGAUCCAGUGACAAACAGCUGUUAAUGGUCCCUGGCCCCAGGGAGGCCCGCCUAGCAUCGACCAGGGCCUUUUUGGUCCUGGCUGCAACCUGGGGGGACGCUCUGUCUAAAGAGACUAGGGCCCAGACAGAUUUGUUAUCCUUCCACCCGGCCUGCAAGACAGAGCUGUUCCGCCAGGCAUAUGGUUGAUGCUGGUUGGGCCUCCCCACCGGCUGACUAGAGGAAAACAUGCUCCCCUACCCACCCAGCCUAUGAAAUACUUUGGAGAUGGUUGGGUGGUGGUUAUUGGAGAAGUCUAUUGCUAUGUGUUUUAAAUAUUUAUGUAGUUUUAUUGGUUUUAAAGUUAUAUGUAUUUUAAAUUACUAUACUGA